AUGUAAUAAUUAUAUGUUCUAUACAUUUUAAUUAAGACUGAAUUCUAAUUUUAAAUAAAUUCAGAAAAUCGCCCGAUAAUUGCUUACGAUAUGUAGAUUCCCUCUUUGUCAUAAAUGCGCUUCAAUUUUCCUUCUCCUCACACACAUACACACACACAUUCGGUCAUGUCAUAAAUACAAACAGUAUAACCUUCAAUAUUGUCAGAUGAUCGGUAAAAGUUGGUAGAAAUGUCAACGCAUUACGGACAAUUAUCCACAGAGCAACAUAAGUAACUACAAUCACAUAAAAUAUCAGCAAUAUUUCUCAAGCAAGUAUGGAACUUAUGCGGAAUUUCGUCAAUCACAAUCUGAAGCGGUCACUCCUGAAGGCAUCUGCAACACGUUUGCAACACGCGCGAUACAUAAGAUUGGCAGAAGUUGGUAAAUUAGAAACACCAAAAUUACAGGGAAAAUAUGAAACAGGUCAAUUGAUUUUGCACAGAGUUUUUGGUUAUCGAGGUGUAAUUUUAUUUCCAUGGUUGGCUAAAGUAUAUGACAGAGCUCUAUCCAAUAAGAAAGAUGGAAAGGAUAACAGUAAUUUCAACAAUGUUGGUGAGAAGGAAGUAAAAGGCAGGCCACAUAUGUUUUAUCAAGUUUUGAUUGAUCAACGAGAUUGUCCUUUUAUACGUGCUCAAACAGAAGCGGUAACUUUUUUGGGCAAUCAUGAGAGCAGUCGCAGUUUAUACGCUAUUCCAGGAUUGGAUUAUGUUGCUCAUGAAGAUGUAUUGCCAUAUACCACAAAUGAAAAAGCAGCAUUGCAACACGAAUUGUUUGAUAAAUUUUUAACCUAUCAUCCAGACAAGGAACCAUGUUUUGUAGCACAAGAGACCCUCCGAGCAUGGCAGAAAAAAAAUCAUCCAUGGCUUGAAUUAUCGGAAGUACACAAAGAAACAACAGAGAAUGUUCGUGUUACUGUUAUACCAUUUUACAUGGGUUGCAGAGAAAGUCAAACUACUUCUGUAUAUUGGUGGCGUUAUUGCAUCCGAUUAGAAAACUUAGGUGACUUGAGUGUGCAGUUGCGCGAAAGACAUUGGAGAAUAUUUAGUUUGUCCGGUACCCUAGAAACUGUUAGAGGGAGGGGUGUAGUAGGUCAAGAACCUGUAUUAUCAAAAGUUUUACCUGCUUUUCAAUAUAGUAGUCAUGUGAGUUUGCAAGCUCCUAGUGGUCAUAUGUGGGGAACGUUUAGGAUGGAAAGAGAAGAUGGAUAUUCAUUUGAUUGUAGAAUACCACCUUUUUCUUUAGAAUCGAAGGAAGAAGAGCCAUCUACACCUAAAGUAGAAAUCUGAUUUCCAAGAAUCGAAUAAUAAUUAUAAGCAAUGACUAGCCAGUUAAAUAUAUAACAUUUAGAUGACUAUGUAAUGUCAAGUGCAAUUGAUAACUUGACCUGAACAUAAUUUCUUGUGAUAACUUAACAUUUUUCAACAAUCUUAAUAAAAUUAUAAUGUAUA